AAAAAAAAACAUUCUAAUUGACUAAAUAUUUAAUUUGUAUAUUGAUUUGAAAGUUGAUAACAAAUUGUGUGACAUCAUACAACUAUAUCUAAUAUCUCAUGAGAUGAUAUUAUAUAUAUUUACUAAAAUUUAAAGUUGGUUUUAUAUAUUAUAUUAAUAACAACUCUAAAUGUAGUUUAAUAUUAUAGAAAGUAGAUAUCUAAUGAUAAUAAAAAAAAUAUAUAAAGACAAGAAUAGUUAAAAAGUGCCUUACACCCCCUCGAGAUUAAGUUCAAGUAGUAUAUCACAAAUAAUUAUAUUUAUUACAGUGUACGAUAAAAGUUAACUUUUCAUUGAAAGAUAAAAAAAAAACACUUUAUUUUAUUUUUUUAAAUAUAUAUAUUAUUUUUGUGAAUAAUAUAACGUGUUAGCUUAUCAGAAAAUAAAUUUUUGAAAAUGUAGUGUAUAUGAACUGGUCAAGUGAUGAAAAAUUUUUUUUAUAAUUUAUAUAAAUUAUUAUUACUGCAAUGCGUUUAUAGUAUUUAUUAUUUUUAUUUUAAAUUCCAACAUAUUGGCAUUUCCCGCUCAAAUAAACUUAAAUUAAUAAAUAAUUGGUGAUUAAUAUAAAUAUAAUGGAUCAAGAGUCAUCACAAUUACGAUCGAGUGCUUUACUUGAGGAAACAUUUUAUAUAACAUCAAAAAAAAAUACAUAUUAUAGAGUAAAAUUGACAGAAAAAGGUUUAAGUCUUGAAAAAGAAAGUAAUGGUGCAACUAAAAUAGAGACUAUUUCUCUUAGUGAUAUUAUUGGAUGUAAAUGCAUGCGAUCUAAACGUCGAAAUGGUGCAAGUUGUGCUUGCCGUCCAACUAUUUCAAAGCCUCAAAUGAGAGAUGUUCAAGUUAAUGAAACAUACAAUGUUUGGGACGAACUUGAUACUUCUGCAUAUUUAUAUAUUUAUGCUUAUACGCUUAAAAAACCACGUGUUAAAGGAGCUCCAAGACGUGAACGCACAACAAUUACACUAAGAUUUCGUAGUUUUGAUAAAUAUCAAGAUAAUCUUAGGGAAGCCAGUAGAUGGAGACUUGCUAUUAAAUGUCUCAUUAAAAAAAUUCCAAUACCAAAAAAUUUAAUGAGCCCAACUCAUGGAAAUUUAGAUUCUUUAUUAAAAGCUUGUUCAAGUGAAGAAAAAAAACUUUUAGUCUUUUUAAAUCCAAAGUCUGGACCAGGAAGAAGUCGGGAAACAUUUCAAAGAAGAAUUCAUCCUAUAUUAUCUGAAGCAGAAAAACUUUAUGAGGUUUACAUUACAAAAUAUCCAAAUUAUGCGAGAGAAUUUGUAAGAAUAAGAAAUAUUUAUCAAUGGAGCGGGAUAUUAUGUGUUGGAGGCGAUGGAAUUCUUUUUGAAGUUAUAAAUGGUCUUUUAGGAAGACCAGAUUGGAAACGUGCAUUAGAGGAGCUUCCUCUUGGCAUAAUUCCGUGUGGAUCUGGCAAUGGUUUAGCUAAAUCAAUAGCAUAUGAAAAACAAGAACCUUAUGAUUCAAAUCCAAUGCUUAUUAGUGCAUUAUCAGUUGUUAAAAAUAAAUAUACACCAAUUGAUUUAGUACGAAUUGAAACAACAGGUCAGAUUCUUUAUUCAUUUCUAUCAGUAGGCUGGGGUUUAAUUGCGGACAUUGACAUCGAGAGUGAAAGACUCAGAGCCAUUGGUGGGCAACGUUUUACUAUUUGGAGUAUAGCCAGACUUAUAGGUCUUCGUAUUUAUAAAGGGACUGUUUCAUAUUUACCUUGUGAUAAUAAUAAUAAGGUAUCAACACAAACUGUAAUAAAUGAAAAUAAUAAAACAAAUGGUGGAUUUUUAUAUGACACUAAAAAUCACAAUGAUAAUGAUGAUAUUGAUAUUAAUAUUGCUACUGUAAAAAAUAAUAAUGACAUAAUAACACACUCAAAAAGUUAUGGGGAUAAUCUUGAUCGUUAUUGUGACGGCGUUAAAGAAUCAAAAAGUUACCAUAAUGUUCUUGACUCAGUAACAAGUGAUAUUGGUGAUAUCUAUCUCGAUGAUAAUAAUGAUGUAGUGGGUGAAAAUUUAUCACUUGAAACAGAAAUUCAAAGCCGUACACGAUUAGAUAGUUUUUAUUCAGCAACUUCAAGAAAAUCAACAUAUUACAGUACUGGCUCUGCUUCUAGUUAUCAUAGUAUGGAAGAUAGUGGUAGUUUAACACCAGAUGGUGAAGAUCCUGAUACUGUAUAUAAUAGAAUUAUGUAUGGACCAUCCUCGAGUCUUCCGGCUUUGACCGCACAACUUCCAAAUGAUUGGAUACAAAUAAAAGGUGAAUUCGUAGCAGUUCAUGCAAGUUAUCAAUCGCAUAUUGGUGAAGAUGGAUUUAUUGCUCCUAGAGCUAAACUUGCUGAUGGUUUAAUAUGGCUUUUAAUUAUUAAAGCUGGUAUUACACGAACUAAUCUUCUCCAGUUUCUUCUUGGUUUAAAUACUGGUACUCAUUUGGCUAGCAAUGGAGUAGAUAUGAUUCCUGUAAAAGCAUUUCGUAUUGAACCAGAAACAAGUGUGACUGGUAAUAUGACUGUUGAUGGAGAAAAAGUUGAUUAUGGUCCGCUACAAGCCGAAGUCUUUCCAUCUUUAGCGACAGUCAUGAGUCCUUGACUAUAACCUUGAGUAGAAUUUUAGUUUCUCUAAGCUCACACGUAUUAAUAUUUAUGGCAUUUCGUAAAAAAUAUUGUAAUAAAUAUUUACAUUUUAUUUUUACAAUUGUUAAAUUCGAAAAUCAAUUUAUUAUUAUUAUUAUUAUCGAUAAUAAUUAUGACAUAAACAAAAUACAUAUUCCCAUAUCAUAUUGAUAACUAAUAUGGUAUCAAUUUUAAUUUAAAUAAGCCAAUAUAUUUAUCAAAAAAUUUAUAUUUGUGAAUAUUGUACUUUAAUCAUCGAGCUGAUAAUCAUUUAUGAUUUAUAUUAUUAAUUUUGUAGAUAAAAUAAUAGAUUUAAAUAUAUAUAUAUAC